AUGAACCCACGGCAAUCGAAGGAAUUGCAGGAACUGCCCAAGUAUGAGGCACCGGAGGAGCCGAUGGGGAUACCCCUCAAGGAGAAGCUCAUAACGACUGUGUGGAUUUUCCUAAAUACCAUCUCCACGCUCGGCCUGGUCUUCCUCAGCAAGCGGACAUUUGAAGACGUACAGCUCAGGCAAUGCCAGCUCAUGGUGGUCGGCUGGCACUUCACCGCGACCGGCCUCGUCCUCUUCCUAUCGACGAAGGCACCCUUCCGCGCCUUCAAACCCGUCCGAUUAAAGCCCUGGGACAUGCUCCCCGUUUGCGCCUUCUUCGUGGGCUAUGUCGUCCUCGGCAAUCUCAGUCUAACUUUCAACUCGAUCGGCUUCUACCAGCUCUCCAAAGUUAUGACCACACCCACCGUCGUCCUUAUAAACUUCAUCCUCUUUCGCAAGACCGUGACACGCUGGAUGCUCGCCUCGAUCCUGACUACCUGUCUCGGCGUCUCCUUCACGAUCAACCAAACCGCCGGCCCCGCCCUCCGCGGCGUCAUUGUCGCAACAAUGGCUUUCUUUUCCACCGCCCUCUACCAAAUCUGGAUAGGCAAGAAGAUUGAGGACUUUGCUGUUUCUCCGCCGCAGCUGCUGCUCAACCAAGCGCCCCUCUCCGUUCUCAUGCUCAUCCCCUUUAUUCCCUUCAUCGACACCAUUCCCGACAUCAGCAAGGUGCCCGCAGACAAGCUCUACUCCGCCUUCCUCUCCGGCAUCAUGGCGUCCUUGUACAACCUCUCGCAGUUCCUCAUCAUCGGCCGCACCUCCGCGCUUACGUUCAAUAUCGUCAGCCACAUCAAAUCCAUACUCAUUCUGUCGUUUGGAUGGUACAGCGAGGGCAAGAUUUUGAGCCCGAGGGAUUGGUUGGGCGUGCUACUUGCGCUUGGUGGAGGCUGGGUGUACUCGCAUUUGGCGAUGCGGGCGAAAUUGCGCAAAUAG